AUGGGUGUGGUUGUAUUUGGUAAAUCAAUAAAACACAAUUUUCCUGUUCGUAUAGGAUUAGCCAAGACGAUAUUUGGUAUAGGAUAUCAAACAGCAGAAAGGUUGAUGGCUAAAGUGGGAAUAUAUCCUAAUUGCAGAAUGAACCAGUUAACAGAGCCACAAAUCAUGGACUUGAACAAAGAAAUUUCACAAUUAUUAGUUGAAGGGCAUUUGAAACAUAAAAUAAAUAAUGACAUCAAGUUGAAGAGAACAAUCGGAUCUUAUGCUGGAUCCAGACACGCAUUGGGUUUCCCGGUCAGAGGUCAACGUACAAAGACAAACGGUUCUACGGCCAGACAAUUGAACAGAACAGAAAGAUUCCGUUUAUAA